AUGGAAAAUGGAUCUUAUAUAAACUCUAAUUAUUUAAUGAAAUGUACAUCAACUCAAACUGAAGAAUUUAAUCAAAAACCACAAAAUAUUACUGAAAACGAGACAGUGUUGAUAAACAAACCAGAACUAGAAGUCAUAUCAAAUAUUGAAUUGAGAACUGGCGAUACCGUUUUUUCUACUAAUGGUUCAAACAGGGUUUCAAAUAAAUGGAAAAGUGGUGAUCAUGUUGAAUUUUUAUUUGGAAAAAAUGUUGAUAAUAUUUAUGUGAGAAAAAUAAAAUUAUAUAAAAAAUUUAAAAAUGUUUUGGACCGGCUAAAAGGAGAAAAUAGUGAACAAUACAAACCAAUACCUGUUAAGACUGGCGAUUUUGUGGCAGUAUAUUCUACAAAGAAUAACGGAGGGAUUUAUAGAGCUAGGGUCUUAAUGCAAGAUUCUGAAAAAACAAAUAACGUCGAAUGUGUCUUAAUUGAUUUUGGGGAAACUUUUAUGAUUCCCUCUAAAAACAUAUUUGCUUUGCCCUACUAUGUUUCAUUAAAAAAAAUACCAACAAUAGUUCGUAGAGUUUCUCUUAUUGGUGUACACAAGAACUCAAAUAUUAAAAUAAUCCGAUAUCUAUCUUCAUUGAAAGGAAACACAUAUGUUAUGGAAUACGACCAAAUCCUGGACCAUGGGAUAGAAAAGAAGUUGUAUUAA